AUUAUCACCACUUUUUGUGGAGAAAGAUAAAUACAGAAAGCUAUUUCUAGUGUUUUGAAAGUGAAAAAAAAAUUGAAAAAAAUCAAUUAACAAUUUCGUUCUUUAAAAAAUUUGUUACAUUUAACGAAAAAAUGAAUUACGACUUUUUACAAAGUUAUAAUAUACCAGUUGCUCGCCAAGGCACAACAGACAAUCAAUAUGACACCACGAACAAUUCAACAAUGGAGGGGGCUUAUGGAACUUACUCUAUGCAAUCAACUGCCCAAAGUACGCCCGCAAUUAAUACCGCCUAUUAUGGUUAUGGUGAUCCUAAUGCAUACAAUGCGGAAUCUUAUCAAACGGCCCCUACAGGAGGUUCAGGUGGUUAUUAUCAAAAUCCUGAACGCUUUAUGCCACCUUCUAAACAUGGAUCAAGUUAUACACCACAUAAAGGUUCUUUUAAGCGUAAAUCAAAUACUGCUGGUGGUGGUAGUUCAGCCAAAAAAGAACCUCCAAUUGCGGAAAUGUCUAGUGAUGGAACAUUUGUCAUGUUUAUGGGUCGCGAUGAAUCCUACCCAGAUGAAUUAAAUGCUUUGAUACAUCCAUUAUCGUGUAACUUGUGCGAUGUAAAAAUGACUUCAAGAAUAAUUGCUAAGGAUCAUUAUGAAUCAAAGGCUCAUGACAAACAUAUAUCUUCGUGGUUAGCUAAAAACUACACUGAAAAAGGCCUAACUCCGCCUGCGAUUAAACGUUUUGUUAAACAAGGUUCCACCGGACCAGAUGCCUACUAUUGUGAGGCUUGUGAUCUCAAAUUAACUUCAUUAACUCAUGCCAAUCAACAUUAUUCUGGCAAAAAACAUCGUUCAGUUAUAGCACAGAGAGCUAAACCAUCUGGUGCAGGGUUCUACAAUUCUGAAGGCAAAUGGGUACGUACCGGUACCAAAGCAAUGGCUAGUCAAUGUAAAGAUCGGCGUUUUGGCAUUGGUGAUGAAUUUAAGUAUGCUGAAAUCAUAGCAGCAAAUAAAGCCGCAAAACUUUCUGAUACCACCACAACAACUAGUGUUGCAGAUACUACUACUAACACAAAUGGCACUGAAAAUAAAACAAAAGUUAAGGAAACUACAAAACCAACUAAAACUAUAUGCUCUAAUGAUCAAGACCCUGCAUUGUUUUGCUCAAUUUGUAAAGUUAGUGUAACAUCAGCCGUUCAGAUGACCACGCAUUUGGCGGGCUCCAAACAUAUGAAAAAACUAAAAUUGGCUGGUAUAAAUCCAACAACCACAGAAAACACUGAUGCCGUACAAUCAGGCAUUGUGUCACUACCAGACACUUUAAACGAUAAUGUGCUGUUGUCAGCCAUAAAAGAGGAAAUCAAACCCGACCCUACUGAUUUGUCAAUGUAUCGUACACCUAGUGGUCAAUAUUAUUGCAAGAUUUGUAAUACCUCUAUGCCACAUUUGCCUGGAUUAGAACAACAUUUAAAGGGUAAACGUCAUUUGAAAAAACAAACUGAAGAAAAGGCUUUGGCAGCACUUGCUAAUAAGAAAAACUAAAAAAAUUAUGGAUUUGAGAAAAUGAAACACUAUAAUGUUUUAGCUAAAAACUAUUUUAUUAAUUAUUAAUUAUUGUAUUUACUAAAUACUAUUUAGUAUGUAUGAGAGCUAAAUAUAUGUAUUGAUUACAUAAAUAAAGUAAAAUUUGAAAAGUAUA